CGGACUCACUUUUCAGCGUAAACGCACCGUCCCUCUAUACUAAGUCCAUGGUCCCACUCCUUGGACGCUCGCAAGACCCUCUGUGGAGACGCGAUGAUGUUAAAAGGGCCCUGGUAUAUAAAAGCCUCGGAUAGCCGUGAAUAAGCAUUCUCGACUCCGCUCUGCGGGUAGAACAUUCAACAGUUCUCGUUUACUAGUUUGGCACAGUCGCAUCUCUCUGGCUACUGGCAAGAUGGCUCAAAUCCAGCUCAAAAGCGAAGAUGGAACGUUAUUCCGAGUUGAGAUGGAUAUAGUAAUGCGCUUUAAGACAAUCAAAACAAUGCUAAACGAACUGGGAUUAGAUGGAGUAGAAGAUGAAAUCGUCCCGCUUCCAAACGUCAGCUCCGGAACUUUAGAUAAAAUUAUAGAAUGGGCGACUCAUCACAGGAAUGAUCCUGUCCAAGAGCCGGACGAGGAUAACUUAGAUCCAAACGAUGGUGGCUUGAGCGACUGGGAUUUCAAUUUCCUAGAGAAUGAAAGAAUAGGCGAUAAACUGAUUCCUUUAAUGGUAGCUGCUAACUACCUAGAUAUUGAUUCUCUGAUGAAUUCAUGCUGUAAAUACGCAGCAAACCUAAUAAAAGGUAAAAGUACUACUGAGGUUCGUGAAAUUUUACACAUUCAUCCGCCAGAGAAAGAAGGGAAGUCCAAACAGAAUACCUCACCCAUGCAGGUGGAUAAGGAGAGUAUAGAUAACUUCAACGAAAACGGACAGAUUUUAUCCACCAGUAAUGGUCUUGUAUCAUCAUAGACAGUGAGUUUGGCAGCAACUGUAUGACGUCUUAGGAAUACGGCGUACAGUUUACUUAACGUGGUUUGAUUCUUUUCUUUGUAACUGUCACGAGCCAAUACUUAAAAAUGGCUCUACCUAUCCGGUGAUCAUGACACUUUUUGCCACUGUCUCGUGAUGGUCACAAGGAAAAGAUUAUAUUCACGUACAGUGUACCGUUUACCCACGCAUUAUCCAUCGCUGAGUUUUUCCGCUGCAGCUUCAUUGAGAUGUCAACACAGAUAAUUUUGGAGAUUUUUUCCGGUUUUUAGUCUAUUAUGACAUUUUGAAAAUUAGUAUGAAUAUAUUUUACGAUAUUAAACAUGUGUACAUGCACUUUUUAAAAAUGCUACUAAUUUUGUAAACCACGAUCUUGAAAUAAAUAGAAAUCAUUUUGCAAUAUAAUGAAA